AUGCGCUGGGAAAAGGAGUCGUCAUCUUAUCGGAGAGGUGCUUGGGUCUGUUUGUACGGUGUCCCUCUUCAUGCUUGGAAUGAGCAAUUCUUUCAGCUAUGCGUUUUUGAAAGUGGACGGUUCCUCCGAACAGAUUGUUGUUCUGUUGGUAAGAACAGAUUAGACUUCGCGCGAGUUUUAAUUGCUACACCCGAACUUGACUUAAUCAAAAGUAGUGUGACUGCUCUUGUGGAUGGGAUUCAAGUGGAGAUUAAGAUUGUGGAGGAAUGGGGGUACUCUAUGGGUGAAGAUUCUUGUCUCAUUGAUGAGGAGAGCGAGUCAGAGGAAUCCCAAGCUGAUUGUGGUGAAGGUCAUGUGGAUCCGGAGGUCUACCGCAGUGUUGAUAUGUUAGUUGAAAGAUUUAAGGAAGGACUGGAGGAGGAGGAGCCUAACGAAGUUCAAGGUAUGCGGGAUAAGGAGAUUUUUGAUGAGUCUGAUGCUAGACCAGUUUCUUCGAGAGCCGGGACCCUAUCAGUUUUGAGGAAGGGCUCCCAAGAUUUGUCCGGAGUCCAGGAGGGUAAGGAAGAUACGUCUACCCCCAUGAAGGAGGCUCAUAUGCGUCCUACUAAUCGGUCAUUUUUUAGUAAGCGUACCAGUUCUUGCCCUCCGGAGGCAAGACGCUCCGUUCUGUCAGGGCCUUGGAGCUUGGAAUGGCUGCAGGAUCAGAAUCAUGGGGAUGCGGGAGUAAUUUUUUCAGCUAGUAAGAGGAGUAGAAAGGCACUUCACCAAGGACCGAAAUUUGUCAAAAAGGGAGAGCAGGACCGGAGGAGAAGGAAAGCAGGAGGGCCGCUUCGCCAUCCACUACAUAGCAUCAAAAAAGUUGCUAGGAUGCCAAGCAAAGAUCGUUGCGAGGUGCUAAAGGUCUUAAAAAAGAGCGUUCGUCGGCGUAGGGGUGGGGAUGAGGUGAAUCGAUCAUGCUCUUUGAGUCGUCAAGCUUCUUCAGGAGGUUCAUCCUCGUCGGUUUCUGUCAAUAACGAUUGGAAGAAUUGGGUGGCGGUUCAAGGCAAUGACCAAAUGGCGGUAGAUGACGUGUGGGGGAUCGGGAAAGCCAUUGGGGUGAAGUUUAAGGGAGAUAAUGUGAAUAUGUUCCAGAUUCUUUCUAGGGCGGGCAAGGGCAAGAAACGGAAUUCAGGGCAGGUGUCUGGUGCGGGGGGGACCCGGAAGGUUGACGGGUGCUAG